ACAAUACAAGUAUGUGUUUCAACCGGCACCAAUUUACUCAACUGAAUGAAUAUACAUUUUACAUCAGUUCAUAAACACCAAUUGUUAAUAUCAUAAUAUUUUAGAUGAAUACGUUGCUCAAGUCCCAAGUCUGAAAUUGAUACAUUUCAUUUUCUGAUCACAAGAGACCAUUAUUUAUUUACCACCUCCAUCACAUCAUCAAUAUUACUACUGCUAUCAGACAUUAUACAAGUGCAAAUGUGUUCAAAUUAUUGAGAAAUGUUUACUUAUUGCAUUAGAAAAUAUCACCCCAAUUACUUCCUUUGACGAUCAUAUUGAGUACUCCUUGCCACCCGGUAACAUUUCUUUAACUGUCACGUGGUAUUUUAUAGCAUACAUAGUGCUCAAUGUGUGCAUUAGUGACAAGAACUGUGGAGGUGUCUCUGGUAAGUACGGCAAUCCGCCUGUUUCUACAUCAUACACUUGGAGGUAAUAACGAUACCUAUGUACAACUGAGUAAUUGUCCGCAUAGUGUUAGGAUAAGUUUGUAUAUUCGUAGUUUUUGUUUGAGGCACGAGUUGUCCAAUCGUUUAGUGCACCGCUGUCGGUAUUGCUGGGUCCCAUAUUCCUGCUUUGGUAAAACAAAUCCUAGAUUCACAACUACCGAUUUUGCUUCUCAGUCAUCAGUACCAUGUUAUUGAGCUUUAUCAAAUGGGAAAACUUCCAAGACUUGUAUCACUUUGGGGUUUCGGAACACAUUGUGCCAACACACCUCCAAAUAACUGAAAUAAUGGUCAACGUUAAACUCAACUCACUCACAGACACUACGUUGUUUCAGUUGUGACAUCGACGAUCUAGGAAUGGACAUGACGUAUAUGUUGGUGGCGUUCUUCUGUGUGUCAGGCCUACGAGGAGUGCUCCUGGCUCCAUGCUGUGACCACUGUGAGGGCCAACCUACAGACGCUGACUGUCAAAUAUGCAGGAAUAGAACCAGGACCUGUUCUGAACCUUCGCAGACAACCCCGGGUGAAAUGGUACAGCCUUACUUGUGUCCAGAUCCGCGUUUCAUUGGCACAGAUUGUGACAAGAACUGUUCAGAUGCAUGCGUGAACUCCCGCUGUGAACUACAGGAAACAACCCUGGUCUGUACAGACGGAUGUAUUGACGGUAAGAAGGGAAUAUACUGCCAGGAAGAUUGUCUGUCGACAUGCUCCAAGUGCGAACGCUACGGUAGUGUUUGUCUACAGUGUCGGGAGGCACUUAGCUAUGGAAAGAAGUGUGACAAACGUUGUCCUCCAAACUGCAAAGGUGGAUGCGCCAAAGAGACUGGUAUUUGCACAACGUGUGCAUCGGGAUUUAAAGGAACCAAAUGUGAAACACCUUGCAGGCCAGGUUGUGAGGUAUGUCCUCGUUACACGGACGGAUGUUUCACGUGUUUGUCUGAUCGCUAUUACGGCAAGGACUGCAGGUUUCCUUGUCCACAGAACUGUCUUCAAUGCAAGAAAGACACGGGAGACUGUACUGAGUGUGUGCAUGGAUACAGCGGGAAACAGUGCACCGAACAUGUACAGAAACUGGACCCUAAUACCGUCCUCAUCACGUGUUCGGUCCUGGGAGUUGUCUUGUUUGGAGGAGUCUUGUUGUUCCUCCACAGACUGUGCACUAACAGACACCAGAGGAGACCGGAGACAAAUCCACCAACUGGCAAUCAGAAUACGUCAACCAUGGACGUGAGGGCGAGACAUGGAAUGCUGAAUCAUGAAUCCAGAGAUUAUGAUGUCCCUCAUAAAUACUGGGAGAUCCAUGAUACUGACCUAGACACAGUUACACAGUCAACUGCAUCUGUACAAACUGGAGACAUGGGUGGAGCAUCUAAUACAAUGAGGUAUCACCCCAAACCAGAUAUCCCAAAGAAACGAUGUGAAGAUGGUUGGUUUCAUCCAG